AUGCAAGGUGCUCGUGGAUUCCUCUCUUGCGCUUCUUGCCGGCAACGGAAACUGAAAUGUGAUCGGAAGGAGCCGUGCGGUAAUUGUGCCACGAGAGGUGUUGACUGCGUUUAUGCCACUGUAUUACGAAGCCGGAACUCUGCUCACACAAGACAUGGAAACCAGCAUCUCUCUGCGCGUAUUCGCCAAUUAGAGCAUCUUGUCGGUACAAGCGUUGCUCCAGGGUCGCCGAUUCAAGAUGCUGUUGAUCCAUCGAAUAUUCAGGAAUUGGGGUUCGCCGUUGAAAGCCGUGAGCAAGUUGCAUCUGACCAAGCACAGUCGAAUGAUAUCGAGGUCAAGCCCGGCCACAUGAUAUCAAACAGCGGUCAGGUGGUGUAUGUCUCCGGCAUUCACUGGGCAGCGAUUUGCAACGAAGUUGCAAGCAUUAGAGAGCAUAUCGAUCGAGACCACUCGGCAGAACCUUUGGAUUUUCCAGGUCAAAUCCAACAUGAGGGGGGGCCAAUGCUCCUCGAGGGGACACACCCUAGCUCGGAUCUAGCGGCAGUACUAUGUGAAAUCCCCCCGAGGGAUGUGGCUGACAGACUGGUAUCUCGUUACAUCAAUUCGAAUGAGCCGUCUGCUGUGAUCAUUCAUAAGCCCACUUUUGGACAAGAGUAUGCCCGUUUCUGGCUUGAACCCCACAACUUCUCCGCCCCGUGGCUGAGUCUUCUUUUCGGUAUCAUGUCCAUGGGGGUAUUCUUCUACGUACGAUCACAAGAUGACCUUCCGAACGGGUUAGGCAGUCCGCGCAAUGCCAUGGAUGUUUUUCAACGGUGUUCCACGGAAUGUCUCAUCAUAUCCAAAUAUUCUACUAUUCCUACAGCCCACACUAUGGAAGCGCUGCUGCUCAACAUCCAAAACGAGUAUGUUCGACGUCGAGAUGCUCACUUGGGCGUAUGGGUUCUUUGUGGCAUUGCUACCAGGCUGGCGAUGCGGAUGGGAUAUCAUCGAGACCCAGAGCACUACUCACAGAUUUCUACCUUCAAUGGUGAGAUGCGACGUCGUGUCUGGGCGAUAAUUUUACAACUUGAUGCCUUGACUUCAUGUCAGCUUGGAUUGCCUUCCAUGAUACAAGAAUCACAGUGUGAUACUCAGCUUCCACACAACCUCAUCGACGAAGAUUUUGAUGCAGACACGAUGCGACUGCCACCCUCGCGGCCCCAUACCGAGCUAACGCCUGUAUCUUACACGAUUGCAAAAGCUCAACUUCUGUCCGUAUUCCGAACUAUUUUCAACGAGGUUUGCCUCGGUCGGGUCGAGGGAUAUGAGGAGAUCAUGGCUCUUGAUAAACGCUUGCUCGCCGUGCAGAGCUCCAUCCCACCCCGUUUUCGCAUGACUUCGUCCGAAGCAUCCGUCACAACGCCUUCUCAUUUACUAAUUCGGCGUUACAAUAUUGAACUGCUUUUCCAGAAAGCCCGGUGCUUUUUGCAUCGUCACCAUAUGACAAAGGCUUACCAAGACCCCAAAUUCAGUUAUUCGCGAUCCUCUUGCAUCGACGCGGCAAUGUCCAUCCUUUCACACCAGAUGAACAUUUUCAAAGAAGUCCACCCUGGUGGUCUUCUUUAUCGAGACAAAUGGUUUAUCUCUUCUCUUGAGCAGCAUGACUUCUUACUUGCAUCCAUGAUCGUCUGUCUUGAACUUGGCUCCCGUGGUUCCGAAGGCUAUGCGCCUUCCAGUUCAUACGACCGUAAUCUUGGGAAUUAUCGCUCGGAGGAGCUGAUUGAAGCCCUCAAAAACUCCCGUCAAUUUUGGGCAGAAUUCAAAGCGAGUUCCACUGAAGCCCAAUUCGGCCUGGAUCUUAUUUCAGCUAUGCUACAGAGAGUUUGCACAUCCCAAGAAUCUCAGGAAAGUUCCCUUGAGGACUUUCAAUCGCUUGGGGACCUUCAAAAUCCUAUCUUCUCGUACGAUCCUUCGUUCUUGCAGGAAGAAAUCUCGCCGCAAAACUCAUAUCUGGAAGGGAUAGAAGCAAUGCUCGCUACUCCUAAUAAUGUCGAUUGGGGCCUCUGGGAGACGUUUCUUCAACGCUCUCGUACCGCGUCAGAUUCUCAACUUUCCCAUGCCGUAAGAUUCAAUAAACUACGGGCCAUAACCUAG